GGCCAAGAGGUGCUCAGUAGGCUAUAUAAGAGGUCCUCCCAGAAUUAACCUGUCCCUGGACCCUGGGGAUUUUUUCACAGAACUAACGGCCCUUACGGAGAACAGAUGAUCCCUGCCUGGUCUCUCGGUGUCAUCCUCCUGGGCUACGUCUUUGGAUUCCCAGUCCCCUUCAACAGCACUCAGAACGGUUCGAGACAAUAUGAAUAUGAGACUCUUCCUCAACUCAACGACAAAGUGGACAACUCUACAGAACCCUUUAUGUCGAAUGACACAGAGUCCAAUGAAACAGAGAUUCCCUUCCAUUUUCAAAUGAUGCUGCCUAUGGAGAAUAUGAGUCCAUUAUUGGAUUACGACCAUGCAAUACCCAGCAGCGACACGGUCAUUGCUGCAUGUCUGACCACCCAGCAGGACCCACUACAGACCUCUAACCUGAUACUCCCCUCCUUUCAAUCCAGAGGCAGUGCGUCUCUCUGCUACCUUCCCACCUGUAUGAACUCUAAUCUGGGGUCAGCCCUGCAGAAAGGGGAUGAGAUAGCGGGCGCCUCCACCAAAGACCCCCAUGGGAUAGGCAGAAAAUGACACUGACACAGCACAGCGUAAAUCGGCACACAGCUUUUUAAUAACACGUUUUUAUCACAUUGGUUGCAGCAUGACCGAUAAUAGCUUUUGUGGCUCUCUAACAUCAGCCACUGAACAUGCAUUAUGAUCGUACUGUGUUGGGUGGUUGUUUUUAUUGUUAUAAAAUAAACUGCACUACAACUAUUUCUGAAAUGAACUGCACCAGAGUUGAAGUAAAUUGUGAGCAUGAAAAUGAAACUGUAGUGCUAGGGGACGUUUAAAGUGGAUGAACAUUUAUAAUAGUUAAUAAAUUACAUUCAAUGUGUUGUGUACUUCAAUGUGUAUGUCAAGUACUUCAUUGUUUUGUGUAAAGUGGCUAAACCAAAUAUACUUCACUUAUUUUGUACGCAAAUAAAAGCUUUUUACAAACCAGGA